AUGUUUCUUGAUUGCAGGAGAGAUUUGAAUUUAUUGCAGAACACGCAGGCUGUUGCAGAAUUAGCUGUGGUCAUGGCUAAUAAUCAACCAGCGAAAGUGAGAGAGGUUGUAAUGCCUCGUGUGGCAGAUGUCACUUCAAGCAUUGUGAAGCCCACCAUCGAAGGGCACUUUGAGCUGAAGCAUCCUAUGAUUCAGUUACUUCACUCUAGUGGGCAAUUCACGGGAAUGUCACAUGAGGAUCCUCAGCGUCACAACCAUACUUUUCUGCAGAUUGUUUAUACAUUUGCUACUGGAAGGGUCACUAAAGAAUAUGUGCGACUGACACUGUUCCCCUUCUCUCUAUUGGGGAAUGCAAGUAACUGGUUAUUAGCAGAGCCCGCCAAUUCUAUCACUACGUGGGAUGAUUUAGCGACUAAAUUCUUGACAAGGUUCUUUCCACCAGCAAAGACCACUCGCCUCCGAAGGGAGAUCAUGUCAUUGAGGCAGAAAAAUAGAGAAAAUUUGUAUCAAGCCUGGGAGAGGUUGAAGGGUCUUCUUAGAGAUUGUCCUCACCAUCAUCAGACGAAUGAAGUUCUUGCACACACAUUUAUUGAGAGUUUGGAUGCCCAACAUAAGUUUACUCAGAGCACUCCAGACUGGCAGGAUGAUGCAGCUAGCAGUUCAGCUAGGAAAGCACCGGGCGUCUUUGAAGUAGACAAUUUUACAACAUUAUCAGCACAGAUUGAUGCCAUGCGCACCGAACUCAGGAAGUUAGCUGCGUCACAAGCGCCACCACAGGUGCAUGCAGUACAGCAAACCAUAGCCUUUUGUGAUGUCUGUGGAGAGGGUCACAAUAGUGAUGAAUGCCCUGCAAAUCCCGCAUCCAUAUACUUUGUGGGUAAUGCAGGCAAGGGGCAAGGAAACAACAAUCAGUGGAGUGACAACUCAGGUAAUCAGAAGCAGAAUUAUCAGUCAGCACCUGCUCCUCAAGCUCCCACAAACAAUAUGGAAGAGAUGAUGAAAAAGAUGAUGGGUGACAUGCAGAAGAUGAUGAUAGACCAGCAGAAGUUGAUAGCAGAUAAUCAGAAUCGCGAUUUGGCUGUACCGAAUUUAGAGAGGCAGAUGGGACAGAUAGCUGGUGCACAAAAUACUAGACCACCUGGAGGACUUCCAAGUGACACAGAUGUGAAUCCCAAGCCUUGCAAUGCUGUAACUCUGCGAAAUAGGCGAGAACUAGAGGAAGUGACUUCAAAGAAAGCUGGUCGAGUAGUGGCUGAAAAAGAGAAGAUUGCCACAGAAACAAGUGAAAAAGGGAAGGCUGUUGAGGCAUCAGUGGCAAAGCCGCCACAAGCCGUGGUUGCAAAGACACCGCCUCCAUUCCCUCAACGUCUAGCAAGACACAAAGAAGAGGCUACUUAUUUGAAGUUUCUUGAUUUGCUUAAGCAGGUACACGUGAACGUCCGCUUGGUCGAUAUGUUGCAGGGUAUUCAAAAGUAUGCUAAGUACAUUAAAGAUAUUGUUGCAAACAAGAGUCGUUUCACAGAGUAUGCAACGGUUGCACUUACUGAGGAGUGCACUUCUCGUAUUCAGAACAAGCUGCCCACAAAAUUGAAGGAUCCCGGAAGUUUCACUAUUGAUAUUUCUGUUGGGACUCAGGUUGUUGCUCGAGCACUUUGUGACCUAGGUGCAAGUAUAAAUCUGAUGCGUUCGUCUAUCUUCCGGAAGCUAGGUUUGGGGGUGCCCAGCCCAACCACUAUAGUUCUUCAGCUGGCAGACAGAUCAUUAGCAAGACCCGAAGGCAUUAUUAAAGAUGUAUUGGUACAAGUAGGGUCGUUGAUAAUUCUUGCUGACUUCAUGAUAUUAGAUUUUGAGCCAAACUCGGAAGUCCCAUUUAUUUUGGGGCGUCCGUUCUUGGCCACAAGGAGAGCACUUAUUGAUGUAGCUGCUGGGCAGCUUACCAUGCGAGUACAUGAUAAAGUAGAGGUCUUCAAUGUCUACCAAGCUCUGAAGAUGCCUGCAAUCUAUGAGAAGCUGUCUGCCAUUACUGUUCUGAAUGAUGAUACACGAAGGCCACUCAUCACUUCUCAUGAUCCGUUGGAGAGAGCCUUGGGGAUGAUAUUUUUGGUGACACGGCGGCGUUUGAGAUGGUGCAGACUCUGGAUAUGGCGAGUAUUUAUAUUCGGGCAGGCGAGUUUGAGCACUUAG